AUGCGGUGUGCGACGCGCAUUGGCCGCUCCCUUUUUAAUGGCGCUGAUCGAGGCACAGGAAGCCCAUGGCGUGGCACGUCCAUUGUCCGUGCGGUUGGCGCCAUCUACGCUCUUCAAGUGGGGACUUUGGACAUCACCGGCGUCUCGGCGGGGCUACAAUGCACCCUGAGCACGUCGAGCUUCUUUCCCGUUGGCAGCGGCGGCGGUCCUGCAGCGCCGCUGUUUCCAUCAGAACCGGCAGAGCUGCACGCACCGGGUGUCGUGGCAGCACCAGGAAUGUCGAUGGAGGGUAGCGUGUACACCGUGCACAUUGUCGGCCCCGCCGCGUUUGUCGCCGCCGUCGCUGAGGUGCUCGGCGAUGACGUCCUCGUCGACCUCGCUGGUAGGUAUCAUGUGGAGCCGUACGCCUACUGGCGAUCCGGCAAGCACCAGUGCCCCACCGUGCGCCUCUCAUACGAUCGACUGCGCAGCACUGAGGACUCGCUCCGUAUUCUGCACGCUCCAGACAGCACGGUGGCGAGGCAGGGGCGCCUCUAUCGUGCCAUCUUUGUCGCCUCGUGGCUGUGA